UUAUGGUUGGUAUGGGUCAAAAAGAUUCCUAUGUGGGUGAUGAAGCUCAGAGCAAAAGAGGUAUCCUCACUUUGAAAUAUCCCAUUGAACAUGGCAUCAUCACCAACUGGGAUGAUAUGGAAAAGAUCUGGCACCACACUUUCUACAAUGAACUCCGUGUGGCCCCUGAGGAACACCCUACCUUGCUCACAGAAGCCCCCUUGAACCCUAAAGCUAAUCGUGAAAAGAUGACCCAGAUAAUGUUUGAGACCUUCAACGUACCUGCUAUGUAUGUGGCGAUCCAGGCUGUCCUGUCCCUGUAUGCCUCUGGUCGUACAACAGGUAUUGUUCUUGACUCUGGUGAUGGUGUCACCCACAACGUACCUAUUUAUGAGGGUUAUGCUUUGCCUCAUGCUAUCAUGCGUCUGGAUCUGGCUGGCAGGGAUCUGACUGACUACCUCAUGAAGAUCCUCACGGAGCGUGGCUACUCCUUUGUGACAACAGCUGAACGUGAGAUUGUUCGUGACAUCAAAGAGAAAUUGUGCUAUGUUGCAUUGGACUUUGAAAAUGAAAUGGCCACUGCUGCUUCUUCCUCCUCUCUGGAAAAGAGCUAUGAAUUGCCUGAUGGUCAGGUGAUUACCAUUGGUAACGAACGUUUCCGCUGCCCUGAAACCUUAUUCCAACCAUCCUUUAUUGGUAUGGAAUCUGCUGGUAUUCAUGAAACUACCUACAACAGUAUCAUGAAGUGUGAUAUUGAUAUCCGUAAGGACCUGUAUGCUAACAACGUCCUCUCAGGUGGAACAACAAUGUACCCUGGCAUUGCUGAUCGCAUGCAGAAGGAAAUCACUGCACUUGCUCCUAGCACUAUGAAGAUCAAGAUCAUUGCCCCACCUGAGCGCAAGUACUCUGUCUGGAUUGGUGGCUCCAUUCUAGCAUCUCUGUCCACCUUCCAGCAAAUGUGGAUCAGUAAACAGGAGUAUGAUGAAGCUGGUCCAUCCAUUGUCCACCGCAAGUGCUUCUAAGCACUUUUCCCCUCAAUUUACUUCCCACUCAGGAUGACGACAAUAUGCUUCUUGGAGUCUUCUGGCAACCCUUCCUGAACUCUUCAGUCAUUGUACAGUUUGUUUACACACCCGUGCAAUUUAUUUGUGCUUCUAAUAUUUAUUGCUUUAUAAAUAAACGAGAUCUGGGACUUGCAACCUACAAA